UUGCACGGAUUGUCUUCUUAUGCAAUAUUUUUCUUACAAAUCAAGCCAGCUGGUGCUUUUGGAGUCGUAGAUGUACCGGAUGACAUCACCAUGACAGCCAUCUCAACGGCCAAAUAUGUCAUUUUGUGUUUUUAUUUUUGCUUUCACAAAUCUGACAAACCGCUUAAUUCCAUAAAUAACUUGUCGUCUCCACGACAAACUUCAGCUUUUGCAUGUUUUGGAAGCUUUUCGUUCGCAUUUGAAUUUUUAUAA